ACUUCCAUGUCACACAUACGCUCUCCCGUUGACAAAAUAAGACCUGUAUAUAUAUCAGGGUCUGCCGCUGCAAAGUUGCAACAGCAGCAUCACGUUCCUGGUAAGACGAGACAAAUCAAUCUUCACUGAGUUUCUUCUUCUCAGAAUUCCAUUCGUAUAUUCUUUUCUUCACGUUAGCCUUGUUCAGCUACGAACUAUGAGUCCUUCCAGACCUUCCUCCAAGCAAUCCUCCGUCCGUCAGUUCCCGCCAGAAAAACCGACUCCAACUCAAGCAGUUGAAGACGAAUACGAAGAUGCCGAGAAGAACUAUCAACCAAAGUCCAUCAAGUUUUGGAUCAUUAUGAUUAGCAACUACCUAGCUACGUUUCUUGUUGCACUGGAUCGGACCAUUAUUGCGACAGCCAUCCCGAAAAUCACAGACGAGUUCAACUCGAUCGAGGAUAUCGCUUGGUAUGGAAGUGCUUACAUGCUGGCUGCAGCCUGUUUAUUUCCUAUUGCUGGCCGAAUAUACCAGCUCUAUUCGACAAAAUGGGUCUUCCUUGCUUUCCUGGUGAUCUUCGAGAUUGGCUCUGCUCUUUGUGGUGCCGCCCCCAGCUCGGUGGCAUUCAUCGUUGGACGAGCCAUAGCUGGUUUGGGGUCAGCUGGAAUCUUCGUGGGCGGCAUGAUGAUCAUACUUCCUAUUGUUCCCCUGCGCAAACGUCCUCUCUUUACGUCCUUGUUCGGAAUGUCCUUUGGUGUUGCGUCGGUGGCCGGACCUCUGCUAGGUGGUGCUUUUACGGACAAGCUGACAUGGAGAUGGUGUUUCUACAUCAACCUACCUAUUGGUGGCUUUACCAUCGCUGCAAUCGUCCUCUUGCUCCACAUCCCAUCGCCCAAACACGAAAAGCUCACUGCACUUGCCAUAGUCAAGAAGCUUGACCCUAUCGGCAUUCUUUUCUUCGUUCCAUCCAUGGUGUGCCUCAUCCUCGCUCUGCAAUGGGGUGGAUCCACAUACUCUUGGUCGUCACCAAAGAUCAUCGGACUCUUCGUUGCCUUCGGAGUCUUACUCGUCCUUUUCAUCGUCGUGGAGGUUUUGACGCCCGAGACUGCGAUGAUUCCGACUCGAGUUGUUCUGAAUCGCUCCGUCGCUGGAGCCAUGCUGUUCAUGCUCUUGCUAUCUGGAGGCUUGUUCUCCAUCGUGUAUUACCUAACAACCUGGUUCCAAGCCGCGAAAGGAGUCUCGGCAAUACACUCUGGUAUUGAUACAUUACCAACACUACUAUCUAUGAUAAUCUUGAGCAUUCCGAAUGCUAUCAUUACCCAGAAGACUGGAUACUAUGUACCGUCUCUGUUGAUAACCCCAGUGUUCUCCGCAACCGGUGCUGGUUUACUAUCAACACUUACACCGAGCUCAAGCUCUGGCAAAUGGAUUGGCUACCAGAUUCUCUAUGGAUGCGGCCUUGCUACCGGAUUUCAGACUUCAACUUUGGCUCCACAGACCGUUUUACCACGUGCUGACGUUGCUAUCGGCAUGGCAAUGAUGUUCUUCAUGCAACAACUCGGUGGAGCCAUCUUUCUUUCCGUCAGUCAAAAUGUUUUCUCGACUAAGCUGGUACAUCUCCUAUCUGGUGUUGCAGGUCUUGAUGCCGAGGUCAUCGUCAACACGGGCGCAACGGAUCUGCGCAAAGUCGUACCUCAAAGUGAGCUGAGUACUGUGGUAAAUGCAUACAGCUAUUCACUGACCAGAGUUUUCAUUAUGGCUGCUGCAUUGAAUGCAAUCAUGAUUUUGGGAGCCUUAGCUGUGGAGUGGAAGAACAUCAAAGGGGAAAAGGUCUCUGAAGAUCAAGCCAAGUCUGGGGAUAAGGCUGAACAAGGGGAGAGUAAGAUUUAGUCAAGUUUGUUUAUCGAAAGGAGUUCAGGUUGUGAAAUGUAUCGUAGUAGGAUGGGACGAAACCCCGCACUCCAAAGUUGUGGAAAUGUCUCAACUCAACGCAAAAAAGAGGAAUUUUAUAAUAGAUAAAGGGAACCCUAGA